UCAACAUGAGUAGCUCCGGACAGAGACUCUCGGGAGUUGAGUUUUUCAUCGUCCUUCCAGAUGGAAAAAUUGAGAAUUAUCCACAACAGUUGACUUAUUGGAUUCAAUGCAAUGACAAUGAAUCAAUUAUUAAUUUUUUAAAUAAAGUCGAAACGGUUCUCACAAUUCAGGAGGAUCUGUCCAAAGCAAAUGAUACUCUUUUGUGCUUGCUUGAUUUACUCUCAGAAACUAAAAAAUUUAUUGGAGCAGACCCCCAACUCAUAAGGAUCUUCAAUGGAAUUCGUAGAACAUUCAAGAGUUUAAUCUUUACAUACGAUAACAGGUUGAAGCUUUGGGCAUGUAGAAAUAUCAUGUCAAUUUUGAACCAAUUAAAAACGCCAGAAAAAUAUGAUGAAUCCUCUAGUAAAUUUUUGUCGUUUUUGGGGUCGUUUUGUCUAUUGGGAUUCAAUAAACAAGUUUAUGUCACGUGUGGUUCUUUUGGUUUAGUAUUGGACUAUUUAUGUAAAUCGGAAUACCUCGUACCAGCCAUCUUAGCACUCAGGGAUAUGUUUCUCUAUUAUAAUGAAAUUCCAAUACCCCUUGUUGUACAUAAACUGAUAGAUAAAUUAAAGGAUAUAUUAAUUGUAUCUUCGAAUGGAGAAUAUAAAGAUGCAUAUCUUGCUCAAAUUAGCUUGAAAACCAUAUCAAUUAUUGCUAGUUGGCACAUGGAUGGUCAAGCAGGUGCAAAGCGAAUACUGCGAGAUGAAAACAAUAUGAUUUUAAAACUUCUUUUGAGAAAUUUUGAAACUAAACAUGCUGAAUCCAUUUAUUGCAUUUAUUAUCUGUCAAAAGUACCAGAAUGUCGAUAUAAGUUAAUGACCAUAUUCAAUGACGAUCAAAAUAAUUGCAUAAAAAUAAUAGUAAAAACACUGAAUGAGACAGAUGAAAAACAAUGCACAUUCAGUAUGAUGAUAUCUAUUUUAUGCCAUUUGUGCUAUGAAAGUGAACAUAAUGAGAAAAUGCGUGAAUUGGGUAUAAAAUGCUUGAUGGAUGUACUUAGAAAAGAAAAAAAUAAAAAACUUCGUUUGAAGAUAUUACGUGCUUUUUAUAUGCUUGCCAAUGAUGAGAAAAAUAUUUUAGUAUUAAUCAAAGAAGGUAUUUUAAAUAUUAUAGUUAGUUAUUACAGACUUAUGUUAGCUGUAGAAGAGCAUAGCAAAACGAAUGAUUCGGAAUUCUUAAAAUGUCAGCAUUCGAACAGUAUUGAAGAUCAUGAUGUAACACAUUCUAAAAAAUUGAUGAAAUGGCUUCCUGCGCAGUAUUUGGUAACAUUGAGUGAAUCUCUUUUAUCUUCCUUAACACUGCAUCCAAAGUUUUUAGAACCUACAGAAGAUAAGAUUCAAAUUCCAAUGGAAAAUUAUAGCCCUGUUUGUAGUGAAACCGAUCUAGAUAGUGAUUAUGAAGGACCAUUUAUUCCUAUCUCAGAUCAUCCGAAAUUUAGUUCUAUUUCUAAAAAAAUCUACGACUAUGAUCCCAACCGAGAAUUUAAGGCGUAUUUAUCCCUCUUAAAAGCAAUGAUUUUUUCAAAUUACAUUGCAAUUGAACUUGUAGAUCCUGUUAUAAUCCAGACGAUCAUAAAGUAUAUUAAAUGUUCAACAGAUAAAAUGGCUUCAAAUAUUCUUCAAAGAAUUGCUGCAAAAAUGUCCUACUUUUUACCACUAAUUAGACAAGGUUUUAUAUUUGAGAGUCAAAUUUUAUCCGAAGCAAAACAUUAUAAAGAUCAGCUAAGACUUUUGGCCGAAGAAAGUAAAUUGGUUGGUGAACUUCAAAAUACUCUAAUACAUAAAAGUCGUGGUUCAGAUAUAGUGGCUAUUUCCAUUCCAGUUCUUAUUAAUAAUAAAGAUACUCUACGUAACUUGUUAUUAAAUCAUAUGUGUAGUGGUCUGCAAAUUAUUUUUGAUGUAUUAGCUGAUCCAGAACAUAAGUGGUAUGAAGCAGCAAUUCUGUCAAUAUUCAAGUUAGCAAAAACCUUAAAUUUAAAGUUUAAUCCGGAAUCUGAAUUCAAACCUGAAUCUGGUGGGGAAUGUCAUGAAGAUAGUUCAAAAAGCUCUUCAUUAGUCACAGUUGAUCUAGACGAUUCUGCAAUAACAGGCGAACGAUUGGAAGUAAUUUUGCUGGCCUUGGAAGAUAAAAAUAUAACGACCUGGCCAGUUAAAACGCUUUUAUAUGUCAUUGUGAUGGCUGAAAAAUAUUCUAUGGACCUUAUAUCAAACAGAGUAAAAAAAGCAUUUAUUGAAAAAUAUCACAACAGUAUCAUACGCACUAACGACCACAAAAGUUUUUAUCUUGUAUGGAAAUGGUCAUGGGAAUGGUCAAGAAAAGGUCAUAGGAUAAGUGGUUGGUGUAAGAAGUUAAAUUUAUUUAGUGUACAAACAUUCAUGACGAUGAAAAUUAAAAAAGCUGAACGUAUUGAAACAUUUAAAAAAAUUCAAGCUGGUUGUAAUAAAUUAGUGACCGUCGAGUCUAAUAACCCAUAUAUUGAUUUUUUGAAAAUGAUCAACGAGUCUAUGAAAGAUUAUCGGUACUGGUUCACCAAAAGUGAUUUAAAAGUUAAUGGAUGGUGCGAAGCAACAGCUAAAACAAAAAUUGAACAAUUAUUCAAGAAUAUAAAAAUUGGUUAGUGAAUAUUUAAAUUAAAAUUCAACUUCGUGCGUAAAUAAAAGUUAGGUUCUUCUACGUUUUGAACUGUUCAUGUAGAUUAAUGUCAGCUCGAUUAUUUGUAAAAAAAUAUAUUCGUUUGAUGAGGCGUAAAAAAUGAAAAAUGAAAAUUUUAUUGACGACGAAUUUAUUAAACUUCAAACUCUUAAAACUUGUUGGUGAAUGUAUUCAACUACAACUUAAAAUUAUAAAUAUGUAUUUGUAUAUAUGUAGAAAUGGUUCCAAUUUCUAUAUUAUUAAUGACAAUAUUGAAUCAUUAUGCAUUAUACUUGCAUAAAAUAAAUUUCUAUAAUAAUUAGG